AGUGAGACCUCAGUAUAGAGGAAAAUCAGUGUUUGAAUUUCAAGUCUCCUUGAGAAAUUUCGAUUUGGACUUCAACUUUACCUUCAUUUUGAGAGACUUUCACUGUUUAUUUUCUUCAAACCUAAGACCAAGCAGAUCGUUUCAAUAAAAUGGCCGACUUUUCAUUAACUCAAGAAGAUUUACAACUCUUGAUUGCUGCUAACGCACAUCUUGGUUCAAAGAACGCAAACGUUCACCAAACCGGUUACGUUUACAAAACCAGAGUGGACGGUGUCAACGUCAUCAACGUCAACAAGACCUGGGAAAAGAUUGUUUUGGCUGCUAGAAUCAUUGCUGCUGUUCCAAACCCAGCUGAUGUUGUUGCUAUCUCCUCCAGAACUUUAGGUCAAAGAGCUGUCUUGAAAUUCGCUUCUCACACCGGUGCAACCGCUAUUGCAGGUAGAUUCACCCCAGGUUCUUUCACUAACUAUAUCACCAAGUCCUUCAAGGAACCAAGAUUAAUCAUCGUUACUGACCCAAGAACUGAUGCUCAAUCCAUCAAGGAAUCCUCAUACGUUAACAUCCCAGUUAUCGCUUUAUCUGAUGUCGAUUCUCCAGCUGAAUUCGUCGAUGUUGCUAUCCCAUGUAACAACAAGGGUAAGCACUCUAUCGGUUUAAUCUGGUGGUUAUUGGCAAGAGAAGUCUUGAGACUCAGAGGUACUCUUCCAAACAGAACUGAACCAUGGUCUAUCAUGCCAGACUUAUACUUCUACAGAGACCCAGAGGAGCCAACUGUUGAGGGUGCUGAAGAAAACGACGAAGAAGCAGCUGAAGAAGACGCUGAAGCUACUGAACCAAAAGAAGAAUGGGCUGCUGAAGGUGAUGCUCAAGACUGGGCCGCUGAAGGUGCCGACACUAAAGACUGGGCUGCUGAAGGUGCAGGUGAUGUUGCUGCUUCUGCUUGGUAA